ACAAACGAAGACAAAUGUGUCGGUCAACUUUCUCCUCUCGUCAGUGACAUCCAGUGGGCCGUGCUCACUCUGGUCUCACCACCAGAGAAGUAGGCAACCGUACCUUCAAGGCCUUCCUCUUGCCGCUUUGUGCAGUGUCUGGAGAUGACAACCAAGAGGAAGAUCAUCGGCCGCCUGGUGCCCUGCCGAUGCUUCCGCGGAGAGGAGGAGGUCAUCUCCGUGCUGGACUACUCCCACUGCAGCCUGCAGCAGGUGCCCAAGGAGAUCUUCAGCUUCGAGCGCACGCUGGAGGAGCUCUACCUGGAUGCCAACCAGAUUGAGGAGCUGCCCAAGCAAUUAUUUAACUGUCAAGCGCUUCGAAAACUGAGCAUGCCUGACAAUGACCUCUCCAAUCUGCCAACCACCAUCGCCAGCCUUGUAAACCUGAAGGAGUUAGACAUUAGCAAAAACGGUAUUCAAGAGUUUCCAGAUAACAUCAAGUGCUGUAAAUGUCUAACAGUUGUGGAAGCCAGCGUCAAUCCCAUUACCAAGCUCCCGGACGGGUUCACACAGCUCCUAAACCUGACACAGCUUUUCUUAAAUGACGCCUUUUUGGAGUAUCUCCCAGCCAACUUCGGGAGACUUUCUAAAUUACGCAUUCUGGAACUCCGAGAGAAUCACCUGAAAACCUUGCCAAAGUCAAUACACAGACUGACACAGCUGGAACGAUUAGACUUGGGAAGCAAUGAAUUCACUGAGCUGCCGGAGGUUCUGGAACAGAUACACAACCUGAAGGAGCUGUGGAUGGACAAUAACUCCCUGCAGACGAUACCUGGGUCUAUAGGGAAGUUGAGACAGCUGAGGUACCUGGACCUGGCCAAGAACAGGAUUGAGACCCUAGACUCAGACAUCUCGGGGUGUGAGUCCCUGGAAGAUCUCCUGCUGUCCGCCAACAUGCUGCAGCAGUUGCCUGACUCUAUAGGAAUGUUGAAAAAGCUCACAACUCUAAAAGUCGAUGACAACCAGCUGACCUCACUGCCUAACACCAUUGGAAGUGGACGCACCAAAAUAGGUUUAUCGCUUUUAGAAGAGUUUGACUGUAGCUGUAACGAGUUGGAGUCCCUUCCCCCCACCAUCGGCUACCUGCACAACCUCCGAACCUUUGCUGCUGAUGAGAACUUCCUGUCAGAACUGCCCAGAGAGAUCGGGAGCUGUAAAAAUGUCACAGUCAUGUCUCUGCGUUCCAAUAAGCUGGAGUUUCUGCCUGAAGAAAUUGGACAGAUGACCAAACUGCGUGUUCUUAACCUCAGUGACAACAGGUUAAGGAAUCUGCCAUUUACGUUCACAAAACUGAAGGAUCUUGCUGCACUCUGGCUAUCAGACAAUCAGUCCAAGGCCCUGAUCCCACUGCAGACAGAGGCCCAUCCCGAGACCAAGCAGAGGGUUCUCACCAACUACAUGUUUCCUCAGCAGCCUCGGCAUGACGAAGAUUACCAGUCAGACAGUGACAGCUUCAACCCCACACUGUGGGAGGAGCAGAGGCAGCAGCGAAUGACUGUUGCCUUUGAGUUCGAGGACAAGAAGGAGGAUGAGGACAAUGCUGGGAAAGUCAAGGUGGAGAUCAAUCUGAAACGUUACCCCACCCCUUACCCCGAGGACCUGAAAAAUAUGGUUAAGUCUGUCCAGAACCUGGUGGGUAAGACUAGUCACGCCCUCAGCGCAGAAAAGUGCUCCUCUGGCACCAACAUGGAGCUUCCUGGCAAAGAAAAAUUUGAGCCCAAGUGGCCCAUUGCAACAAAGGAGGUUGCAGACAGAGAGGCUAAAGACUUUCCGAAGACCCAGAUACCUGAGCAAGGCCCAAUGCACAACUCAGCCAUGGAGAUCCCAAAAUGCAAGGAGAAGGAGGAGCUAACUGAGAGCUCAGAGAUUUCUUUACAUCGCGUGGUGCCCAAGCUGCCACAGCCAGAGAACACGAGCCUGUCCGUUACAGCUUCCUGUUUCUGCCUCAUAGACUCCCUAGGAGGCUCCCCAAACGACAUCCGCAUCUCUGACAUGAGACCCACGCUAGUGGAGCCCCCUAUCUACAAGCCAAAGGUUGUCUUACUGGGCAAAGACAAAAAAGAAUCAACAGAUGAAUCGGAUGCAGAUAAAAUGCAUUGCCUGAAUAACAGUGGCUCCUCAGCAACCUACUCGGACUACUCGCCUUCCCAGGGUUCCACGGGUUCCUCAAACCCCCCAGGCAAUGUACCCGGCCUGCAGCCUGUUAGCAAGGAUACAGCACCUGCAACACACUGGACUAACAGGCUGGCCCAGUCUUUCCCAAAACCCAUUGAGAGCAAGCCUUUGCUGAGCCAGAGGGACACCCCUCCCUCCAGCACCCUGCAGCAGCGGAGCGAGAGACGCCCUCUCAGCGACACCUUUGACAGCUGGAACGACUCCACCCACUAUGACAACACAGGCUUUGUUGCCGAGGAGCCUCCCAUGGAGACCCCCAGCAGCAGUAACCCCAUGUUAGGGUCUAAGCCCAGGAGCGCCUCCACGCAUGGGCGCCGGCCCCUCCUGAGGCAGGAGCGGAUAGUGGGUGUCCCUCUGGAGCUGGAGCAGUCCCCCCACACCUUCCACCCCGUCCGCAACACUCCCGAAACUGAAGUGCCUCCUCCUCCUCCUCCUCCCAACCCCUGGCAGAACUGGACGAGGACCCCCAGCCCCUUCGAGGACAGGACGGCUUUCCCGUCCAAGCUGGAAAUCACCCCUGCUAACAGUCCCAACCCGGAUCGCAAGAACUUCGAGCAGGACCUGGGCGAGCUGCCUGGCACCUUCCCUUCCACCGGAGCGUGGGGCUUUCUGGAGUCCCGUGACUCCCGUGACUCCAGGGACUCCCGGGACUCCCGGGACUCGGGGACGACGAGGAGCCACUCAAACAUCUUCACACACGUGCAGUGUAGGCAGGAUGCCACAAAGGGCGCCAUGGUCAUCAGCAAGAGCACAGAGAGACUCUCCCCGAUGAUGAAGGAGGUGAAGGCCAAGUUCAAGAAGUCCCAGAGCAUUGACGAGAUAGACAUUGGCUCCUACAAGGUGUACAGCAUCCCUCUAGACAGCUAUAGCUCCAGCAUAGAAAACCAGGGAAGCAUGGACAGGCCGGACCUCCCUCCACCUAUGGAGCAGAGCAUGUCGAGGAGCCAGUCUGCUCCCAUGCUGGACGACGACCUGGACUCCUUUGGCACCGCCAAGAGCUCCCAGCAGCAGAAGCCUGCCAUCCCGAAGAAGGUAUACCAAUUCGACCAAAGCUUCAACCCCCAGGGGGCCAUGGAGGUAGUGAAGCCUGAGAGGAGGGUCCCGCCCCCUUUCCCUAAUACUCCUGAGUAUGUUAACCAGCCAGGCAAGACCCUCCCUAAGGAGCUGGUGAGUCCCAGGGGCUACCGCGGGUACCCGCCCAUGGAGCAGAUGUUUUCUUUCUCUCAGCCCUCAGUCAACGAGGAAGCUGUCAGCCAGCCAUUCCCCAGCCAGAGAUCCCGGCCAGGUUUCUUGCGGAGAGCUGAUUCCUUAGUCAGCUCCACAGAGAUGGCCCUCUUCCGCAGGGUGGCCGAGGCCCAGGAGCUGCAGGCCAGCGAGCGCUAUGGCAGGCCGCACUUCAAGGGCAUGCUGGAGCACCAGAACAGCCUGUCUACGAUGGUGGACUCCCAGUUCCACAAGAGGAACGGAAGGUACGACGACGAGUACUCGUCCUACCAGGAGCCCAAGAAGCCCAUAAUGGGCUACCCCACCAAGAGCCUGACUCAGCGCCGCCCCCUGUCUGCUCGGAGCUACAGCACAGAAACCUACGGGGCGUCGCAGGCCCGGCCUGUGUCUGCCAGGCCCACUAUGGCUGCCCUGCUGGAGAAGAUGCCUUCAGAUUAUAACCUGAGCACCUGCACGGAAAAGAGCACUGAUGUAGACAUGAAGCUACGGCCUGUGCUUCAGAAACUUGAGGACACCUCCUCAAAAAUGCCAGUGGACUGGAGGCAACAGCUGCUUAGACAUAUAGAAGCUAAAAGAUUAGACCGGAGCGCUGUCCUUAAGCACAACACAGUAAACUUCGGCAUGCUGUAUUCUGGACGCUAUGCUGCACCGCAUGCCAGCAGAAGCAUGACAAUAAACUUUUACAAUAAUGCAAAGCAUGAAAACCAAACGACACAGUGGCUACCUCUUCCAUAUACCCCUUCACUGCAGAGCAAUAUCUUAGAUAACGGGCAGGAGGAGGUUUCUCCCACCAGCCAGUGGGCCCCAUACUCACUUGGUAGGAGAGACGUGCCACCCGACAACAUCAUGAAAAAGCUCCCUGACUCUUUGCCUAACGGGUUGAAUUACCCACAGGCAGGUGGCCACCCCAUCCAAACACAGACAAUGAUCGUGACCUCGGCGUCAGCCACACCGCCGCACCGCCCCGCCCGUGAUCAGCAGUAUGAGGGGGCCAUCAACAAAAUCUCAAUCCAGCAGUACCAGUCCCCGCUGCCCAUGCCCAUCUCCGCCACCAGCCCCCGGCCGCAGAGCGCACGCUGCCUCAUUCAGACCAAAGGGCAGAAGAGUAUUGAUGGAUACCAGGAGCAGUUCUGUGUGCGGAUAGAAAAGAACCCUGGUCUUGGUUUCAGCAUCUCAGGGGGAAUAAGUGGACAGGGAAACCCUUUCAAGCCUUCAGAUAUGGGUACAGCCUGACGGACCUGCCUCCAACGUGCUUCGACCAGGAGACAAAAUUCUGAAGGCCAAUGGACAUAGUUUUUUACACAUGGAACAUGAAACUGCGGUCUCUCUGCUGAAGAGUUUCCAGAAAACUGUGGACUUGGUUAUCUUGAGGGAGAGCACAAUCUAAAUAUUUUUUUACUACACCUUGACUUCUCACAUGGAAGGAACAUUGAAAUAUGUACAAGUUAUCCAAACCUGUUUUUA